GUGCGCCUGUGUGCGUGCAGAGCUGCAGCCAGCAAAGCCACAGCCAGUCGUAGUAACUCGGAGUUGAGGUGGCAGUCAGGAUCCACAUCGACUCGGACUGACCUGCGCGUCACCACAGUGUGAACAUGAAUUUUGGAAGCGGCUGCGCACAAUCCGGAAUCUAGUCUCUGAUGUUUUUCUUUCUUUUUUUUUUUCUUUUUUUUGGAACCACAGAGGAUCUGAGAAGUAUUUUAUGAAAUGUCUUGAGUAAGGAUUUAGUCCCUGUCAGCUCACACGUGCGCAUUCAGAAGCAAGCAGUGUCUUCGCUUUUUUUUUUUUCCCCAAGACCCAGCAGACCCGUGCGCGGUGUUUGAGCGUGUCCUUUGUCUUUCUGUCCUCACAGGGGUUAAUCACUAAGUUUCUCGUGGCCCUUUUGGGACGUGGCUGGUGUGGAACAGCAACAAAGAACGAGCGCGCGCAUACAUGGGACGCGUCUUUGACAGCUCCUCGUUUCUUCUCCUAUAACUUUACGCACUGAUCCUGAUUGGAGCUGGGAGACAUGGCCGAGGCUUUGCUCCCAGACCCACUCCCGGACUUGGAUGUGGCCAUCGAUCCGGACUUCGAGCCCCAAAAACGACCCCGAUCGUGCACCUGGCCGCUGCCACGACCGGAGUCGGAUGCGGACAAACCGGAGAGCAAUGACACGGACAUUAUUCCCGAAGAAGAGGACGAUGAGGAGGACGGUGCCACUCCGACAGCCUCCGGGGUCUCUGGUUUGAGGGAGGACCGGAGCAGCGGCAGCCCCGCGGGCGAUGGCUCGCUCUCCUCUCCCGGCCAGGAGAGCGGAGGCUCACCGCUCUCCGCGCACUCCCCGACAGCCGCCUCUGGCUCGUUGACACCCAACAGUCUGGGGUCCCAGCAGACCCCGAGGAAGACAUCAUCUCGUCGGAACCCCUGGGGCAACCUCUCUUACGCCGAUCUGAUCACCAAAGCCAUAGAGAGCUCGCAGGACAAGAGGCUGACCCUCUCUCAAAUUUAUGACUGGAUAGUGAGGUCCAUCGCCUACUUCAAAGACAAAGGAGACAGAGACAGCUCUGCAAGAUGGAAGAACUCCAUUCGGCACAAUCUUUCCCUCCACAGCCGUUUCAUCCGCGUCCAGAAUGAAGGAACAGGGAAGAGCUCCUGGUGGAUGAUCAACCCAGAGGGGGGAAAGGGUGGCAAAGCUCCUCGCCGCCGUGCAGUCUCCAUGGACAACAGCAACAAGUACACCAAGUCCGCCCGUGGCCGUGCUGCCAAGAAGAAGGCCGCCCUGCAGGCUGCAGCAGCUGCCACCGGCGAGGGGGGUGGCGAAAGUCCUUCAGGUCUCUCCAAGUGGCCUGGAAGUCCAACGUCACGGAGCAGCGAGGAGCUGGAUGCCUGGACCGACUUCCGCUCCCGUACCAACUCCAAUGCCAGCACGGUGAGCGGCCGUCUCUCGCCUAUACUGGCCAACCCCGAGUUAGACGAGGUGCCAGACGAUGAGCCCCCACUCUCACCCAUGCUUUACUCCAGUCCUGGCAGAACACUGUCUCCCAGAAACACCACGAACACAGCCAAUGGGAAGCCCGUGCCAACUGAGCUGCCCCGCCUGGCUGACCUAACAGGCACAAUGAACCUCAACGAUGGACUGACAGAUGACUUGAUGGACGAGUUGCUGAACAACCUGGUGCCAACUGAUUCUGUUCAUACCACUCCAAAUGGUUCCUCAGGGUUCACCUUUGGCUCAAAACCUAAUGGGAUAGGCUCACCAUCAUCUGCCUCUUCUCCUUCCUCCAACCCUUCUGCUAAUGGCGGCAGUAACAGCUACAGUAACUCCAUCUUUGGCCCUCAUACGACUGGCUCCUCCCUAUGCCCGUCGCCCAUGCAGACCAUCCAGGAGAAUAAACAGACUUCCUUUUCCAGCAUGUCCCGCUUUGGUAGCCAGACGCUACAAGACCUGCUUAACUCUGACAGUCACAGCCACAGUGAUGUCAUGAUGACCCAGUCUGAUCCAUUGAUGUCACAGGCUAGCGCAGCUGCUGUCAUUUCCCAGAAUUCCCACCAUGGACUCAUACUCCGAAAUGAUCCUGUAAUGACCUUUGGGACCACUGGAGGUGUUCAGCGCAGGCAAAUGGAGAUGUUCCAAUGUAACAACCACAACCAGAGCUCCCUGAGAUCCUUGAAUGGAGCUCUGAGCCUGGCCAAUGACGCCAACACAUUGGCUAAUGCCAAGAAUCACCUCCUGCUGUCACCUCUGGGAGGAAAUGGUUCCUCUUCCAUGCAGAUUGACACCUCAAUAUUCCUGAAUGGGAUGGUUGGCAGCAGCGGGGGAAUCAACCAGGACCAUUUUCCCCCAGAUCUGGACCUUGACAUGUUCAACGGCAGCCUAGAGUGUGACAUGGACUUCAUCAUCAGGAAUGAGCUGAUGGAUGCAGAUGGCCUGGACUUUAACUUUGACUCUAUGGCCAAUAUGAACGGCGUUGGCAGCUUUACAAACACCAAGCAGACUUCUCAGAGCUGGGUACCCGGUUGAGAAGGGAAUAGGCCAAGCAGGUUGGAACUUUGUAGUGCAAGAGAUCAGACACACAACAUCCUUUUUUGCCAAAUCUCCCAUCAGCACAACGUAAACUACAAACCCCUGUGUUUACAGAAGACUUCGAGAGCUUUACCUUCUCUCCCACAGUGAUGAAACUGUGAACAAUCUGACAGACUCUACGGUUGCUGAACAUCAAGCUUCCUGUGAAACAACCCGAAAAGCCAUGCCUAACAAUCACAACAAAGUUACAAAUCUUAGAAUUAUGCAAUUAUUCUUUGACAUCCAGUCUGUUGCUAUCAAAGAGACGCUGCUCAUCAGAAGGGUGUUCUGCUGGAAUGGAAGGAUUAAACGAUGAGCGAGGCUGACAGGCGUGUGUGGCCCAGAUGUUCCCGUUGACGAUGAAAACAAAAGACAACAGUCUAGAACUGAUGUGUAUAUCUGACCCGGUGAUUUCCUGGGAUGUGUUGUGUUGAGGGGUGGAGACAAAAAAAUCCCUUCUGUUUUCACCAAGUAGUUUUAAAUGUUCAGUGUUUGUUUUUGGACCUUCUGUUAUAUCCUAUUCCUUUCUGAAUCAUACAUGUCAAAAACAGUUGUUGCAUAGGUGAAAUGCAAAAAAAAUAAUAAUAAUAUGAUGAUGAUGAAUGCAAUUAUACAUGCAGAAUUGUCCACUUUUGCAAAAUGGCAAAACCCUUGAAGUUUUAUCCUGCACUGCCAGUUUUGUUAUAAAUUGUUCGAUUAGCUGCAAAUUAAUUAAUGCAUUAUAUAGUUAUAUUGCAAUUAGCUCAAUACAUUUUUCUUUGUAUAUCCAACUGUAAACUACAACAACAAAACUAGAGGAAGAUAACAUGGAUUUUUAUGCAGUAAAGGUCAGUGGAGAGUUCUACAAGGAGCGGAAAAUCCUAUUUUGUUUCUUAGUUUUCUUUGCUUUUGUUGCAUUCUGUCGAGGUUGUAUAUUUAGCACAGCAUAUUAUGUAGCCAACAAUAAAACCUGUGUCCAAGGGUUGUGAACAUUUCCACACCAUAACAGGUGCUAUGUAAAACAGUGUUGAAUCCUGUCCUGAGAGCAAGCCGUGUAUUUUUAAAGCCACAACCUGCAGAAGCCCGAAGCACGGCAAGGCGGAGCCUGUCAACGGGGGGGGGGCUUAAGUCUCAUUCCUCUGGAAGUCAUUUGUCUCUUGAGAAAAAAUAAUAAUAAGCUAUCUUUGUAUAUUGCCAAAUUACUUGAAACUAACAGUAGAAAAUGCUGGCAGCCAAAUCACAGCACACAUGUAUGUUAUACACAGACGGGGGACAAAAAAAAAAGGAACAAAGGAAAAGAAACCAAGGAUCUGUGUUGCGCUUUGCUGUUGCUUGUGAGGUUUCAUGUGCAGAAUCACUCAGGGGGCAAAAAGGGAGGCUUCCCCUUUAAGUAACACCGUCACAUUCUAAUGGUAUUUACUUAGACAUUUCUUGGA